AUGAGCCAUCCAGAGACUGGCUUCCAGAAAGAGCUGGACACAGCCUUUGGAGCCCUCCGACAAGCCGCCAAACUCAGCCAGCUCAUCGUCUCUUCCCACGACAAGGGCACCGUCACAAAGGAGGAUCUCAGUCCGGUCACGAUCGCUGAUUUCGCCGUCCAGGCCCUCCUGAUUUCCACUUUUAAAGAUGCAUUCCCCGAGGACACGUUUGUAGGAGAAGAAGAUGCCGCCGAUUUGCGAGCCAACGAGGCGCUGCUGAGCCGCGUCUGGGACCUCCUCAACACCAUUGCCCAGGACGACGACACCCAGAGAGGCGCCUGCAAGCUGCCCCAGUCCAAGGACCACAUAUGCGAUCUGAUUGACCAGGCGGGCACGAGCCGUCCGGGUGGUCCGGGAUCGGGCAGGGUCUGGGUGUUUGAUCCAAUCGACGGCACCAAGACGUAUCUGAGAGGCGAGCUGUAUGCCAUCAAUAUCGGCCUGAUUGUCGACGGCAAGCAGACCCUGGGAGUUAUUGCGGGACCGAACCUGUCGCUGAAUCAGAAGGGUCCCCUGCGUAACAGCGACAUCGACCCUGAAGGCAAGGGCUGCAUCGUGUAUGCCGUCAAAGGUCACGGCGCCUAUGCGCGCUCUUUACAUGGGGAGUCGUCUGUGAUACAGCUACAGAAACAAACCACAACCCAGGAUCUCAGCUUCGUGACGUGCACCGGUCUGGUUGAUUCGGCCCUCGACGGUGUUCACGAAGUAGUUGCUCAGCGCCUGGGCGUCCCAUUCCCCGGGAGCGAUCUCGUGCCCUGGGUCUUGCGAUGGGCUUCCAUGGCUCUGGGCAUCGGCAACACGACUGUCUGGGUGUACAAGCGCCGUGAUCGCUAUGCCAAAGUAUGGGACCAUGCGGGCGCUAUGCUGCUGUUUGAAGAGACAGGCGGCAAGAUCACGGACGUGCACGGCAAGGACAUUGACUUGUCGGCCGGGAGGAAGAUGAGUGCCAACUUUGGUUUCGUGGCUGCGCCGGUAGCGGUCCAUGAGAGAGUCCUCAAGACUGUGCAUGAUGUGCUGAAGGAUCAGGGGCGGGAGGAGUUUCUGCAAUAG